ACUCUCUAUCUGUGCUGGAAAAAGGACUUUGAGAAACUGCAGCGAUGUCAGUCCAGGUUGUGGCAGCGAAAAUGGCAGAGGUCGAACUCAAAGACGUCCCCACCGGCAAAGACCUGGCGGCUGAAUCCCCGGUGACACCCACGUCGGAGGGCAAGAACCUCGCCAGAAACGACCCGCACGAGGCCGGUUCCUCUGCCGCUACGUCCCCUGCCGCGGAGCCCUCCGCGAAAGCCGGUGAAGGCAGCCUGGGCUUGCUCACCCCGAACCCCGCGAAGAUGCCCCAGGCGUCGGCUAUGAAGCGCACGGACCCGCAGCAGAACGGCGGGGAGGCUUUCGUCAACCGCGACGGAACCGUGGCCGAGGCUCCGCGGAUGAAAAAGAUUCAGUUUGCCGACCAGAAGCAGGAGUUCAACAAGCGUCCCUCCAAGAUCGGCCGGCGCUCCCUGUCCCGCUCCAUCUCCCAGUCCUCCACAGACAGCUACAGCUCAGCGGCGUCGUACACGGACAGCUCCGACGAUGAGACGUCUCCUCGGGACAAACAACAGAAAAACUCCAAAGGCAACGGAGACUUCUGCAUCAAAAACAUCAAACAGGCCGACUUCGGGCGCAGAGAGAUCGAGAUCGCCGAGCAAGAGAUGCCAGCGCUGAUGGCUCUGAGGAAGCGAGCCCAGGGGGAGAAACCCCUCGCCGGUGCCAAGGUGGUGGGCUGCACCCACAUCACUGCCCAGACUGCUGUGCUGAUGGAGACUCUGUCAGCUUUGGGGGCUCAGUGCAGAUGGGCGGCCUGCAACAUCUACUCCACCCAGAACGAAGUGGCAGCUGCCCUGGCAGAGGGAGGUUUCAGCGUGUUUGCGUGGAAGGGUGAGUCAGAGGACGACUUCUGGUGGUGCAUCGAUCGCUGUGUCAACGUGGAAGGCUGGCAGCCCAACAUGAUCUUGGAUGACGGUGGAGACCUGACUCACUGGAUUUAUAAAAAAUAUCCCAACAUGUUCAAGAAGAUCAAGGGCAUAGUAGAGGAGAGUGUCACCGGCGUGCACAGGUUGUACCAGCUGUCCAAAGCAGGAAAACUGUGCGUUCCAGCCAUGAAUGUCAACGACUCAGUUACCAAGCAGAAGUUUGACAACCUCUACUGCUGCAGAGAGUCCAUCCUAGACGGGCUGAAGAGGACCACAGACGUCAUGUUUGGAGGCAAACAGGUGGUGGUGUGUGGAUACGGAGAGGUUGGAAAAGGCUGCUGCGCUGCCCUCAAAGCAAUGGGCUCCAUCGUCUACGUCACAGAGAUCGACCCCAUCUGUGCCUUGCAGGCCUGCAUGGACGGCUUCAGGCUGGUGAAACUCAACGAAGUCAUCAGACAAGUGGACAUCGUCAUCACUUGCACAGGCAACAAGAACGUGGUGGUGAGAGAAUACCUCGACCGCAUGAAGAACGGCUGCAUUGUCUGCAACAUGGGACACUCCAACACCGAGAUCGACGUGGCGAGCCUGCGGACUCCUGAGCUGACCUGGGAGAGAGUCCGCUCUCAGGUGGACCAUGUAAUCUGGCCCGACGGCAAGAGGAUAGUCCUGCUGGCAGAGGGCCGACUGCUGAACCUCAGCUGUUCCACUGUGCCCACUUUCGUGCUCUCCAUCACUGCCACGACCCAGGCGCUGGCUCUGAUAGAGCUGUACAACGCCCCCGAGGGACGCUACAAGCAGGAUGUUUACCUGCUGCCCAAGAAAAUGGAUGAGUAUGUGGCCAGUCUACAUCUCCCCACAUUUGAUGCACAUCUCACAGAGCUGACUGAUGAGCAGGCCAAGUAUCUGGGCUUGAACAAGAACGGACCCUUUAAGCCAAACUACUAUAGGUAUUAAACCAGCGUUGGGGGUGAACUGAGGAAAUACUCCAUGAAUGGCACAGACUCACAGAGAAGAAGGAGGAAGAGGAGGAGGAGGAGGAAGAAGAAGGACGGACAGGAUAGUCAACUCACCUGCUUUAUAUCCGGGGCUGAGGGGGAGGAGCUCUGACCGAGCCCCAGGGGAGGGAAAAGGGGGGAAGGGACCGAGGGGUCGUGGCUUUUCCUUGCGCUUAUGGCAGUCGUUUUAUUUAUUCACACUUGACAACAGUAAUAAUAGUAAUAAUAAUAAUAACAUAAACCACUCUGUGGAGCUGCUCCUGCCAUUAGCCACGAGCUAGCUCCCCCGGAAGGCGUUUUUAUUUCCCUUCCACUCGUCUUUUCGCCAUCAUUAUCUCUUUAGAUGCUCAUUUGUGUGUCGAGUUGUAUGUAAGUCCUCCCCCACUCCCUCCCCAUUGCCAGAUCUUUUAUUGUUUAUCUAUUAAAGAUUAAAUUACUGACGCUAAAAAAAAAAAAAAGAUAUAUACUAUAUUAAAAAAAAACUUGAUUUAAAAAAAACAAACAAAAAAAUGCGUGUGAAUGAAGAUGACCUUUUGAAGAUUUAGUGACGGACGAUUAUUUUUUUUUCCUGUCAUUAUUUUUUUGUUGUUGUUAUUGUCUUUUCUUUUCUACUUGUGAUUUUGUUUUUCUCUUGUGUAAUAUUUGAAAGGGGCGGGGCUAGACGUAGUGGGCGGGGUCUCAGGGUCCAAUCAUAUCGUGUAUUUUAUUUGAUUAAGAUUCACGUUGUCUGUUUUUAAGCAUUUUUUUUUUUUUUUACAAUGCGUUCUGUCCCUUCGGAUCAGCCUGUAGGUUUUUUUUUUGUUUUUUUUUUUAAGAAACAUGACUGGAUGGUGACCGGUUCUUCCCACCUGUCACUCAAACCUGCAGUGAAACCAUCUCAUUGGCUGCCUCUUUCUCCACGUCCAGCUGCUCGCAUCAUGGAGAGAAGUAAUUUUCAUUUAGUCUUUUCCUUUAACGAGAAUGACUUUAACGCAUUAGAAGCAUGGCAGGCUGUCGGAUCAUCACAAGGGUAUACUGUAUAUUUAGAUAUUUAUAUAGAAAUUAAGAUUUUUCUAUCUUUUUUUCCUCUUUCCGCGCCAUCUAAUAUCAUUACUUUUUGAAAGGCAAAAAAAAAAAUCAACAUGUCAUACAGAUAAGCAAUUAAAUGUUCUAAUAAUAAGUGUAUUAAAUGGACUCAAACUCUCAUUUUUGAAUACUGUGACAAAAAAUAUUUACAGAAAGUUGUUGCCAGGUCGGUACUUCUACAGAUUCCUGCUAUCAGGUCCUCAUUAAACAGUAUGGUGCUGUUAGGAUUUACUGUGCUGACCAUACACAAACAACACAGCAACGCUUUGGUACUCACAAAAUCUGAUCUAUUUCUUUAUUUCCAUCCAAGAAACACAUUUAGCAUUACUGCAAAUUGGUGUGCAUUGGCCUUUAGAAGUGGAUUUUCCGAGUGUAACGAGCUGCCAUCCUCUGCAGCUCGUCCCCAGCUGACCUGACAGUCGAAAUUAGAAAAGUCCUGACGGUGAUUUCACCUGACUGCCAAGCGUCCGGCCCGCUGCUACACCGGCUCUGCACCUGAUUCUCUGCUCAGCCUGCCGGGAAACGCUGCCAGCUCAACUUUAACAGAGCGAGAUCAAACAAAAACACACAAAUAUAUAGUGACUCAUUAUCCAGGUCCAAAAAAAUUCACUGUACUGCAUUACAUCCUUUGAACAGGUAGAAAAAGCACAAAAAGCUUUGUUUACCAGCUGAAUAAACCCAUUUUCUCGCUCAAAAAUUCACAUUUGCCUGCACAUUUCAAUUUAGUUUUUGUGACUGAUUAUAAAACUAACCAAAGCCUUUAAAGGAAUAGUUUAACAUUUUGGGAAAUCAUUAAAAAAAAAAGAAGGAAUGAUAUACUGAUAUACACUCCAACAUAGUAGGUAGCAGUGUUAGCAUUGGUGUCCUGCCAUAAAAAUAAGAUUUUCAAUAAUUAUCGCGAUAUUAUUGUGAUUUCUUUUGCCCGCGAUAAUCUUAUUGUGAAAAUCUGCUAUCAUGACAACCCCAUUUCCCACAGUGUCAAACUCUUCCUUUUGUUUACUGCAAAAACAAGUCUGAAAAAAAAUUUAAAAGGUGGAUACGCCACAGUGGAAUAAAACCCCAUAUUGUGUCACAGUCCGGUGUCACACUGUUCCCUGCCAAUGUUUGUGCGUUUUUUCUGUCUCCUUGUGCUGUUGGGAAUCUCCUUUUAUUUUGAAGUAGUGCGAUCUGUCGUCUGGGUGUUCUUCAACCUGUUGUCUUAUUUCUUUUUUUUUUCCCCCUCUCGUGCGUUAACGUCUCUUGAGAGAAAGCCGAGGUGAUUAUAGAUGAUGUGAGAGUGUCUAAAUGUCUCUCUGUAUUUGUACACAUCCUUUUUUUUUUUUUGUAGGCCAUAGUUGCUUUGUUAACAGCUGCCUCAGGAUCCUAGCCUGUGCGUUAGGGGGAAGAAACCGUUCUGUUGGCCGCUGCGCUGACCGACUCAUGGGUGGGCAGGGGAAGACACCAGCAUCGUAUAUGUAUAUACCUACUAUAUACAGAUAUGACAACCUUUAAAAGUAUAGGAAAGUAAAAGAAGAAUCGACUCCUGUAUUUAUUGUUGUAAAUCCUCAUACAGUGCAAACUGGCGAAAAUUCUCAAACAUGUUUUAAGUUGUCUAAUAAAGAAAAAAAAGAACCCUAUGUUUAAAUAUUGCAAGUGAUAAUGGUAGAUGAUGAGCAAUAAUUAAAAAAUUCUGUAAUCUUAAUGAAUAAAAAUGUAAAAAUUGUAA